CCGAUUGAUUAUCGGCAGCACGUCACUUUCGCCGAUCAUUGGCUAGAGUUUCGCCAUUACUAUUGCCUCUGAGAGUACCUAGUGGACUGCCAGGUGGGCCGGAGUGAGUGAGUGGUGGUGCUUGAACUAGGGCUUUUAUCGAUGACCGGACACCAAUCAAGUUGAAGGCUUUCGCAGUGACUCCGGCUGAAGAGGAGCAUCAUGCCUACUAAGUACCCUUUGUUUGGCGCCUUAUAAAUCGGGAAACUGGUCUAAGCUGGGAUAAACAGGAUCGACAUAAGCCACAGCUCGUGAUUGGGAAGUUUUGUCCACCAUAGUUCGCGGUCCGCAAGGGCUGUAGAUUGCGCAGCAUUAAGAAGAUGGGACCACGCCCUCGUCGCAUUCUCUACUGCCCGUUCGGCGAUUGAAUCACCCUGCCUUCCUCCAGGUCUAUACUAUGGCUUCACCAUUGCCGACCGCUUCCUCACGCGCCUCGUCCAAAUUGCGCAAAUCUUGUGAUUUGUGUGCGGCGACCAAAGUCGGGUGCACCAAAGAGAAGCCAAGCUGUGCUCGCUGUGCCAAACGAGAUCACCCCUGCGUGUAUAGCACUGCAAAGCGUGCGGGUCGUACAUCGGGGAAGACUCAACCCAGAGCACGAAGGGACUCGGCUUUGACGAUGACAGCGACAAUGACCGCCACAGCGUCACCAAGUCCCACAUUCACGUCAGCACAGGCCAGCGACACCACCAGUCCGUCCACACCGGGAGGUACUGGGCUCUCCCCGGCGCUCGAUCUCCAGAGACAAUGCUCGCCAUAUCCGGAUAUCUUUGGGGCCUUGAGAUCACUCGACGAGAAUUGCCUAUCAUCCCUGCCCGCGAGUUCGUUCCCAGAUUUAGACGAGCUCUUCGCAUCGGCCGUAGGACUUCCUCUAGAACCGCAAAAUGAUGCAUCCACCUUCUUUGACUUCAGCCUCGACGACACCGGGACGGUGCGACCUCACAUCAAUCCAGCACCGUCGAUCAGCGGUCCCACCUCGGCCGGCUGCCAAUGCUUGGCUCGUGCUCUGGCGCUGCUAGCCGAUCUGUCCCCGGGCAAUCCGGGGUGCGGCAACGAUCCGGGUACCACCACGCCCGCGCUGCCUGAUUUCGAACGGGUUCUCGCCCAAAACGAGCAGACCAGUGAGACCGUCCGGACAAUUCUGCAAUGCAACUGUACCAACGACAGCUACCUGCUCAUCACUCUGUCUCUCGUGGUCUUUCGGGUCAUUGCAUGGUACACCGCGGCCACGGGCGCUGCAUCAGGCGAAGACCCACUCGAGCCCGUCCUGCAGGGCCCCCCCUCCACCGACUGCGCGUGCGAAGAUGAACAGCGUAUUGCCGUGCAGCGCAUCCUCUCCAAACUCGCAGGCGUCCAGGCAUCCGUCGAUCUGCUGUCCCAGCGGCUGCGCCGCAUCUCCGAAACGGCCGGGGAGGAGCCGCAGGACAAGGACACCUGUGACCCCUCGCUGCACAUGACUAGCCCCCUUGCAGGAGGACUCCAUGCGUUUUUGAAGCCAUUCUCACCCAGCUUGGUGAACACUCUGGAAACGGAUCUGCGGAAGCGUCUUUCUGACCUGUCAAGGGCUAUUGUGGACCGCUUGCGGCGGUAA